AUGGUGAAUGCCAAAUAUGUCGCCUUUACAGUCAACAAGCAGACUCCAUUCCUGCAGACACCGGAUCAAGCCUACGCAACCGUGAUCAACUGUCGGCGCCCCGGCGGGAAGCGUGCGGGGCUGGCGCAAGAGGUACGGUCUCACAAUGUGCCCUUGGCAAUGGUCGAAGGCAGUUUGAAGCGCAAGCGGGGCGACGAGGGCAGAAAGGACUCUGAGCAGGCGGCAAACCCUGCUGUCUACUCGGGAAACGAUGCGACGACUCCACUCGUUGCGGCACCGGCCCGCCAGCUGCUAAAUCAACAGUGGCAGCAGCGCAAGCCGACGAGAUUACGGAGGGGCAAGAUCUUGUCCAAAGGCGUCGACUUGGACUGUUGGUUCAUCAUACUUUCGUAUUCGGACCCUGCGCAGCUGCUGGAGAUGCGUAGCAAGAUUGCCUCAUGCUAUCGGUUUUUGCGGGAUAACCCCAUGCUCUGGAAGCAUAGCAGGGAUUACUACUACGGAAACGACAUGCCGGACCCACCUCCAGGUCUCACCGAGUUCCAGUUCGCCCAUCUGCGUCAUGGGCAUGGCUGUAUGGACUGCGGUGCGCCAAACACUCGCAAGACGUUCUGGGCCUUUCUGCGUCGCAUGUGCAAAGACUGUCUCAACAACCAGGUUGUCAAGGAAUACGAUGCAAUUGCCCAGCUGCGGGGCCUAAACGGCGAAGACGUUUCUUACAUCCGUGCUGCUCUGCCCAGUGGCAUCUUCGAUUCUUGGGGCAACUUUGUCGGCGUGGGGCCCGCGAGUACGCAUGCGUUGAAGACCAUCUACCUGCGGUCAGAUGUACAGAAGCUCGUUGCCGAGUUCCACAGGGAGUCAAGAGAGAAGACUCCCAACACAGAAGAGACUGCCGCAUGGUGGACUGAAUGGCUGGCUGCAAAGGCCAAGCAGGUAGAAGAGCGCCAGAUGUUUGCAAAGAAAAUGGAGCAAUGGGAAGAGAUGCAGCGAACAGCUAGGACCUCCGACUAUAACGCAAAGAAGUCACGGCGCAAGAACUUUUUCAAAGAAAAGGCGUUGCAACUGACUCCGCCCAUCAGCGUCAAAGAGCUAGAAGCCUGCCCGGCCUACAAGCGUGCCAUCACCAUUCCUAAAGAUCCCAAUAACACGUCCUGGGAUCUCCUCAAGCCCAAAAUCGUCAAGGAAGCAGCCGAGAACGCAGCCAAGAGGAAUAUGGAAGAGUCGCGACCACCAACAGCAUCCAACUCUGGCAUUUCCACACCUACCAGCAGCCUAGACGGUUACCCACACCCGCAUCCCUAUCUCGGUAUGAUCAUGGGUAUGCCUCCGCACAACGGCCAUCUGUAUUGA